UACUGGUGGUGGGCAGUACGCUUGUGACGACGUCGGGCCACGCCAUUUCCUUUGUGAAGUUUACUCUCAGUGCGAAUAUGACGCUGCUGCUACUCGAUAACUACAUUGAGGCGAAUAGGUACGCAGUCUAUUUCUUCAAUGGUGUUGUUGAUGGUGGCGGGAUCAUUGUGAAGGGUAAUACACUGAGGACAACGGAGGACGAUGACGGUUUGGAAUCAUCUGUUUGCGUUAAUGCUAUUGAUUUGAGGAACGGCGGCUACUUUGACGUGGAGAACAACACGAUGAACUCGGUCAAUGGCGUUAUUCUUUUUGGGGAUACUACUGUGAGCUUCGCGGGGCUGCUGAGAGUGGCGGACUGCACCUUCGCUGGCGGGACUGAAUUUUUUGAUCCCGCGCUGUCGUAUUUGUCUGGCUCGGUGACCCUCGAGGGUGGUGCGCAGUGGCGUGUGGAGGGCAACAACGUGAGUGCAGCCUCGGUAUUAAAUAUUCCGUAUCCCCAGUACAAGAUUAAGUUGUCGGGCAGCGGCACUACUGUGGCGCUUGCACACAACCGUCAGGUGGACAAUAGUUAUCCCUUCGCUGAUUUUUUUCCGCCAGACACGAUUGUUGAGUUACCCGCGCGGUUUGUGGUGGGGUGCAACCUGCAGGGCGAUGAGGAGGUGUUGUACGACGAUGUGUUUCCGGAGAAGGUGGUGGUGUUCAGGUGUGGCACAUGCAACGACGACGCGGCGUGCUACAUGCCCGGGACGGAGUCGGUGGACCGCAGCUCGUGCUCGUGCAGCUGCAAGGAAGGAUGGCAUGGCGCGUCGUGUCUUCCCUUCGAGGUGCCCGACACGGUUGUGCCGCCCGUGGCGGAGAGAGCCGUCGACGGCGACACGAGCUGCGUGGUGAACCAGACGCUGACGAACGUUACGCUGAACAUGUGGAAGACGCAUCACUGCUACGUGGGUGUGACAUUCAGCGGCGUGGGUGCCACGCUGACGUUUUCCUUCGACAGUAUGCCGCUGCAUCUCCCCAUCAACAUUACGCUCACUGGGUGCACAUUUCGUGAGGGUGCCGCGCUGCAGUUUGUUGGUGGUGCUGAGGCGGCCGAGUCAGCCGGCGUCCUGAUACGCGUGAGCCAGACGGUGAUGCGUUCCUCCACCGUUGCUUUUAUGCGUGCCCUCCCGCAGCACUGCGACAUCGCCGUCACGGAGGUUGACGCGGCGCUGUCCUUCGCGGUUGAACUGCUGGACACUAGGAUGAACACGAAGUUUGGCGUAGUGAUGCUGAAGGACGCCGUGUUGAGUGCGUCCUUGCUGUUGGUCAGCGACGUCAAGGCGCAUGCGACGAAGCGUGAUGCGUUCGUUGUGUACUCGACAGGGACGCUGACGCUGGUGGGUGGCAGCUCGCUUUACGCGCGGUACUGCAGCUUUGAUGGAUACACACACCUGUUCUACUUGUACAGCCUCAGUGUGAGUGACCACUCCGUUUUUGCCUUGCUCAACAAUACAAUGUUCUCCGGGGUAAGCCUUCUUUAUCUGCGCCACGGAUUCAGCGUGUCGGAUCACAGCGUGUUGCGCGUGGUGGGGAACAGCGGCUCCGUGCGCUACGCCAUCUGUAACGAUGACUUGUGGACUGUCCAGCGGUCAAGCUGGCUGGAUUGGCGCGACAACGACGUGGAACUGGGUGCGAUGUUCUACGACAGUAGCUCCGCUUUUGUGAGCAUUGACGGCAGCAGUGUGGUGACGCUGACGGGC